GUUCUGGGACCACUUGAGGAUGCUGCGGUGGCUUUUUGUCUUCUCUGCUCUGGGUCUCGGGGCCUGCGGUGAGUUUUCCUUCUUGGAUCAGAGAGUAACUGAGAAGGAUCAUCCUGAAGUCCCAUAACAGGAAUUCUUUAAAUGCUUGCUUUCCCUCAGGGAGAAAGAAUAGCUUUGCGUUUAGAGCUCAGGACUUGGAGUCUGUAGAUCGAGAUUUGAAUCCUCGCCUUGCCUCGAGCAAAGAUUUUGAACAAGUUAUUCAGCUCUUUCACCCUUAAUUUUCCCAUCUGAAAAUUGAGAAAAGAUUAUGAUCUCCUAAGCUUAUUGUGAGGAUUAAAUGCAAUAAUGCACACGAAGGACUUCGCAGUUGGGCAAUGGGAACAAUGAUUGUAUUUGUAUUAUUAUCAUGUCAACCAGAGUCAACCUAUGCCUGGGGUUUGUGCUUGUCAAUAAGAGAAGUUCCUUGUGGGUAGGAUGUCAUCCCCAUGGGCCCUCACACAGGAGCACAGGCAUAGCAAGCGCCCCCCAAAUCAAUCACACCUCCCAGAGAAACUGACUUGAUUUGUGUAGGUUAUUCUGAUCCUUUCUCCACAUAGUCUCCCCUGUCGCUUCCGUUAGGUAAAUCCACACAAGAGAGGACUUGGUGGUUGAAGUGCUUGGAUGCAUUUCCAGGUUGGAUUUUUUUUUUGCCAAUUGUGUGUGUAGAUGCAGCUUGUGAGAAAAGGACAAUAUUUCCAACUCCUUGCCCUUGGCUCUUUAACUAUCUCCCUGGGGGAUAACCUGGGUUGGUAUUGGAGAAAACCACGCCAUGUGCUGCUACUGGAGGUGGCCCUCUGGUCAGCCUGGAGGUCAGCCUUGUGAUGGGGCUCAGGGAUCUUAGGAGACAGAGGGGUCAUGGAGAGGGGGAGGCCACUUCUGGCCUGAGCCUGUGCCUCUGAGAUGGCUGGUCCUGGGGCUCCCUGAGGACUGAUGCAGAGUGGAAGGUUCCUUUGCAGGUGAUUCCUCCUGGGAUGAAACACAAGCUAAACACUUGUCAGAGGGGCUUCAGUACCUGUUUGGCAAUGUCUCCCAGCUCAUUGAAAAAGGCAAACUGGGUGUCGGUGGUGAGGAGGCCUGAGAACUGGCUGGGGUUUCUUGUGUGACCAGAAGUGGUGCUCAGAUCUGAGAGCCACUUGUGGCCCCAAUGGGGGCAGGUGGGACUGAGAUGCAGAAAGGUGAACUGGCAAACCACCAGCAUGGAUGGCCAUGGGCCAUAGGGGCUAGGGGUGGUGCUGGGAGAGGUCAGAAACCCAGGGACAGGAGAGGCAGCCUCUGCACCCAGGAGCCCCCUCGCCUGGGUAUGGAGACCCACACCUUGCCCUCAGGGAGUCCUCAGACUGAAGGGAAGACCCAGGCCCUACCUGGAGGGAACCCCCAGGCUGAGGAGGAGAUGUAGCCUCUCCCAGGGAGCUCGGAGCAGGACAAAGGACGCAGUUAGAGUCACAGAGAAAACUGUCAGUGAGCAUAGUGCAAAUGGAGGGCAUUAGUGCUGAGGUGAAACUGAGAGGGGUUGCUCAGGGCUUUCCCAGAGUGAAUGGUGAGGAGAUGCUUCCUAAAGCAGGGGGGCCUAGAGCAGAGCAGGGAAGAAGCUGCAGGAUGGGAUCUGUCUGUGAUGGGGGACGUACUGGGAUCAGGGAGCAAAGCAUCUUGGCUUCUCUGGGCAGGUGUAGACUCUGCAUUGGGGGUGAGUGGAAGUGAAAUGGGAAUGUGGAAGCGAGAAGAGGAGGGUUGCCUGCCGGCUGAAGGCCUCUUCCUAGGGAUCUCCCACCACCAUGGGGCAGACACUGUCCAGACGGCACGUGUGGCCCAGGGGGCUAAUGCGGUAACAAUGGGGCAAGAUACACCUCCCUGUGGUUACCCGACAGCUGUCUCCACUAUGGUCUCUCGCAAGGAGUGGGGAGCGGAAGCUGUUGGCUGCGGCACCAAGCUGACCAUGCCAGUGAAUUUUCUUGUCACGCAUCAUGUCCCUGGACUGGAGUGUCACAACCAGACUGUCUGCAGUCAGAGGCUGCGGGAGCUGCAGGCCCAUCACGUGCACAACAACAGCUGGUGCGACAUGGCCUACAACUUCCUGGUUGGGGACAAUGGCAGGGUGUAUGAAGGUGUUGGCUGGAACAUCCAAGGCAUGCACACCCAGGGCUACAACAAUGUCUCCCUGGGCUUUGCCUUCUUCGGCACCAAGGAAGGCCACAGUCCCAGCCCUGCUGCCCUGUCAGCCAUGGAGGGCCUGAUCUCCUACGCUGUCCAGAAGGGCCACUUGUCAUCCACGUAUGUUCAGCCACUUCUUGUGAAAGGCGAGGACUGCCUGGCCCCUCUGCAGAAGGCAAGUCCCAAGAAAGGUUGCCCCUACAUUGUCCCUAGGUCUGCUUGGGAGGCCAGGGAGGCCCACUGCCCCAGGAUGAACCUACCGGCUAAGUACGUCAUCAUCAUCCACACCUCUGGGAGAACCUGCAACAUGUCUGAUGAGUGCCGCCUGCUGGUCCAAGAUAUCCAGUCCUUUUUGAUGGAUAGACUCAACUUAUGUGACAUUGGGUAUAACUUCCUUGUGGGCCAGGAUGGUGUCGUUUAUGAAGGAGUGGGCUGGAAUGUCCAAGGCUCCCACACCACUGGCUACAAUGACAUUGCCCUGGGCAUCGCCUUCAUGGGCACCUUCUCAGGUACCCCGCCCAAUGCUGCAGCACUGGAGGCAGCCCAGAACCUGAUCCAGUGUGCAGUGGAUAAGGGAUAUUUGACCCCCAACUACCUGCUGGUGGGGCAGAGUGAUGUUAUCAAAACGCUAUCUCCUGGGAAGUCUUUGUACAACAUCAUCAGCUCCUGGCCUCAUUUCAAACACUGAGGGAGCCCCUGCUCCUUCUGAGAUUGCUCCCCCUGCCUCCUGGUUGCUGGGCCUCCCCUGCCCUCACCCUCCAUCCUGGUUCAACACCUCGUGUCCCCUCUCUGCCAGCCCCAUCGUGUCCCUCCUGUCUGGGUUAGCAUAAUCAUCGCCUGCUGGCAUCCUCCAGCAUCACCCAAACCCCAUAUCUGGGCAUUCCCAGCCCUCUGAAUCUGGACCCAGCCUUUCUCUCUCCUCGUCUUCCUUUCCGCUGGGCACCCACCUCCUCAGCCAGGUGAGACGCCAGGCUGGUCUCUGUUUGAAUUCUCGUUCCCUUUGCACACGCCCCUCUGCCUGGUGUGCCUUCCCCUGCUGUUUGCCUGGCAGCCCCCAACUUCACCCAUCAGCCAGGUCAAUGCCCAGCCCCUCCUCUCUGCUCACUCUGACCUGUCAUAUUUGGAUGCAGCCCUGAGUUUAGGGCUCAGUUGUUUAUGGACGUGUCUGUUCUCUCCACUGGAUUGUGAGGUUGUCCAGUUUUAUUCAUCUCUGUGUCCUCAGUUCCUCAGCAGUGUCUGGAAGCCAGUAGGUGCUAUAGAUGUUUGUUGAAGAAUUGGAUGAAUAAACAAAUGAGUGGAUCAAGUCCCUGUUCCCCUUGCCAGUUUGCUCUGUCAUCCCCACUCUGAGGACGACUUCCUGGAAGGUCCCCCAUCCCUCCAGCAUUCCCUCUGUUCCUGUUCCCUCCCAGUCUGGGGCCAGAGCUGGCUCUAGUUGCUCAUCUGUAAUGGUUGCUGUGUCUCUCGAGUCUUG